CCUCCGCUUUCUCUAUCUAGAAAAAUAUUUAAUGACAGGAACCGUUUACUAAUUUUCUCUCUCUAGAAAUUCCAUUAAUCUCCUCAGUUUUUUUUACUUUUGUGCCUGAAAAUAAUUUUUCUCCUUCAAUUCUAUUUCUUCGCCUACAAGCUUUUUCUUUUCAUUUUCUGCUUGUAGUCUCAGAUCUCUUAAGACAAUUUGCCUCCAAGUUCUGAGACUGGUCCUCGGCACUCAAAUCUCAUCUAUCUCUCUUCCAUGGCUGGUCGAUACGAUAGUAACCCUUUUGCUGAAGAAGAUGAAGUCAAUCCCUUCUCUAAUCCUGGAAGUGUUGCUCCUGCCAAAAACUCAAGACUUUCACCUCUUCCUCCUGAGCGUGCUGGUUUCAAUUAUGGCCUUGGUGACACCGUUGAUAUACCUAUCGAUGGAAAUGCAGAUCUGAAAAAGAGGGAGAGGGAGCUCCAAGCUAAAGAAGCUGAAUUGAGAAAGCGGGAGGAGAUAGUAAAACGGAAAGAAGAUGCUGCAGCACGUGCUGGAAUUGUUCUUGAGGAAAAAAAUUGGCCAGCUUUCUUCCCAAUUAUCCAUCAUGAUAUUGCAAAUGAAAUACCGAUUCACUUACAAAGGGUGCAGUAUGUUGCGUUUACAACAUGGUUAGGAAUUGUUCUUUGCCUUUUCUGGAAUAUAAUAGCUGUUACUACAGCGUGGAUUAAGGGUGAAGGGGUAAAAAUCUGGUUCCUUGCUGUUAUCUACUUCAUAGCAGGGGCUCCUGGAUCCUAUGUCUUGUGGUACCGGCCACUGUACCGAGUUUUCAGGUCCGAGAGUGCUUUGAAGUAUGGAUGGUUUUUCAUGUUUUAUUUGCUCCACAUUGGCUUCUGCAUCUUUGCUGCUGUUGCUCCUCCACUAAUUUUCAAAGGAAAAUCUCUCACUGGCAUUCUGGCUGCAGUUGAUGUUGUGGGAAACCAUGCUUUGGUUGGGAUCUUCUACUUCAUUGGAUUUGGAAUGUUCUGUCUUGAAUCAUUGCUUAGCAUCUGGGUUAUUCAGCAAGUGUACAUGUACUUCCGGGGAAGCGGUAAAGCGGCUGAAAUGAGGCGUGAAGGAGCAAGAGGAGUUGUGAGGGCAGCGCUUUGAAGCUAAAAGCUUGUACGGAGAAGAAAAGAUGGGAGACUUCUGUAUUGAUAUAGGUUGUAUAUGCCCUUAGUUGCAGGAUUUGCGGAUACACAGAUGUUUUGUUUGAGCCUUUAUUUUUUAUUUGUUCCUUCUCCUUUACGCUUGUUUCAUAGAGAUUGAUUGAUUUAAGUGCUACCUCUGUUUCUAUACUGGAGACUCAUUAGGAGGCUUGCUAGAAAAAAAAAACAUGUUCUCUUCAUUUUGCAAUUUCUAAAGAUCCUGUUAAUUCCAUCAUUUUUUUGCCUAA